AAAUACAACAUAGGUAUCCUCAGUCAUGCAUGAAACGUUAAAAUUUGUCAACCAGAAUGAAAAGCAAUAUAGCACAGGGUUAACGAGAAAAUGUCUACAUACAGACAAAAAUAUGGAUAAACAUGACGAAGUCAAGGUCACUGGAAAUUCUUACUUUCACUUUGACUGCGAGUAGACAACACACAGAUGUCGAUAGUGAACCACUCUUGUAAAUCGCUUAAGGUCACAAGGAUUUCUUACUUUCAGUUUGACUUCGACUAGAUAACAUACAGAUGCCCGUCAUGAACUACUCCAGUAAUUCGCACAGAAUUCAAAUGCCCAUGAUGUCGACCGAGGACCACGGAGAGGCGGAAUGUGGCUGCUGUUUUGAAUUGCUUGUUGAGCCAACUACAUUGGUGUGUGGUCACACGUUUUGUAGACACUGUCUCGCCAAGUGGACUGUCACCAGUGGGCGGCGACUUUGUCCAACCUGUAAAUCCGAAUGGAGAGGUUCACCAAAGGUUAAUAUUAUGAUCAGAAAUAUGUUGGAGAACGCAUUCUCGCAAAAACUAGCAGCCAGAACACAAGAAGUAGAUACGGAGGAAAAUCGUCGUUUGAUCAAAAGGUUUGACGCCAUGGCGAACGAUUUGGUACGCCAAGAGAUAAUGAAUUUGCUACAAAAUAGCGUCCAAGCAGGUCGGGCUGCCCCCAGACAUAACGACACAAGAUGCAAAUAUUUCUCGUCAGGAAUCGCCAUAGGAGUGCUGGUCGUCUGUAUCCUGGCCUAUAUUUGGAAUAUUGGUCAGAAGGAGCUAAUCAACACACCAGUGAAAGAAUGGAAUAAUGAUGACGUAGUCACGUGGAUGGGUCAGCUUGGUACAUGGACUGACCGUUACUCUGAUAGCAUCAGAAAUAAUGGCAUAGAUGGCAAAAUGUUGUUGAUGAUGGAAGAACGUGACGCCAUAGAAGCACUUCACAUGACCGAUGAACUACAAAGAAGAGUGUUCCUCCGUGAAGUAGCCGCACUUGCUACUACCGGAACCAAACAGCCAGUAAAUUUCUGGGAGUACAAAUCAACUUUCCCAUUCUACACCUUAUUCAUGCUGUUUGGUAUUAAACUUUUCCCACGGAUCACCAUCGGGUACAUAUAUCUGUUUGAGUAUGAGACAGUUUACGCUCCGUUCAUGAAAUACGCCUAUCCAGAACUUUUAGAAACUGGAAUGACAGAUGCAACUACCUUUUCCAGAGUGUUCUACAUAGUGUUCCUGCCGUAUUAUUUGAUUGGAAGGUAUGCCUUGACGUGGUCGUCCGUCCACUACUACAUCAGCAGAUAUAUAUUACUGAUUUGUGUCCUCGCUACCAUUCAUGACAUAAUGUGGAUUUCGUCAAUUAUCUUGAAAAAGUUGACCAAAAAAGAUAUACAGGACCACGUUUACCUCUUCCUGAAUUUGUUGAUGAUAUUGGUGUUAUCGUCAGUUCUACCAUGGUUCCUUUUCAACUUCUUCUUCUAUGAUAAUGCUUUGUCGUCGAUUAUAACGUAUCCCUCCGCAAUCUACACAUUAUGGAAAAGGAUCAAAUGGAUUCAAUAAGGAAUCCAGGCAAUGUAAUUUCGGGAUUACAUCCUUUUGUUCUGAGAUUCAAGUCCCCAUGUGUCCUCUAUCGAUUAAUAUAUAUACAAUGUAACUUUUUUCUGACAUUUAUGUACAAAUGGUAUAAGAUUUUGUCCACUAGCUUAUAUAAAAUGUGAAUGGGCAGGAUAUGCUGGAAAAUAUAUUUCGGUGAUUUUCAAUUGUAUCAAUAAAACCAAAGUAUGUAUUAUUUUAUGGAUUGAUAACGUCAUAUAUGAAAUAAAUACUAAACAGUACAUUUCAAAAAUGGAAUUAGUUGACUAUAAGACUCUAUCAUAUGUGGUCAUGUAGGAUAGGGAUAUUCCACCCUCUGGGUCACAAAGUGUGGUAAA